AUGUCUUCCUCGUCCACGACGACAGCAGCAUCGACGACAACAACAACGUCGACUGCACCAGUAACUUCUGCAACAAAUAUAACAGGAAGCAUCACACAAAGCACUUGGAUAAAUCCUCCCUUCGGCCCAUCCCUCACAGCUCCUGGUUGGCAACCACCUCCUGGUAACCAACCACCCCCUGGUUGGCAACCACCUCCUGGUAACCAACCACCCCCUGGUGGCCAACCACCUCCUGGUGGACCUCCUCCACCUCCUGGUGGACCUCCUCCACCUGGUGGACCACCACCCCCAGGUCUGCAGCCCCCUCCAGGAAUGAUGGGAUUCCAACCUGCAAUAGAGCCCAAUUAUUAA